AUGAUGCUUGCAACGUCCGCGUUCAGUCACAGGGUUGAUGUUGAGGGUAUAAGCCAUGUAAUAUCCAUUGGUAGCGUCCCCAGUAGUGUUGAUUUUCAGCAAGUUGUGCCAAGGAUGUGGAGAAAGAAGGUUAAUAAUGUGGGUCGGUCAAUUAUAUUGUUGGAUCCAGGGAUGAAAUCGGAGAUAAUCCAGGGAGAUAAAUGCGUGAAUGGUAUGUUGGUGCACGAAUUGAAUGGAAAAGUAGAGCAGAGUUGUUUGUAG